UCUAACUAUCCUGUUUUCACACAGGACUUAGGUUGAAGUGUGCAGCAAUUGUGAAGCGCUCCAUCAUGAGGCUCGUGGUCGUGGUGUGUCUGAUGUGGCUGGCCGUGUGCGAGUCUCGCCGGUUGAGCCGCUGUGAGGUUGUUCGCAUCUUCAAGCAGCAGGGGCUCGAAGGCUUCGAGGGCUUCAACCUUGGCAACUAUGUGUGCAUGGCCUACUGGGAAAGCAAGUGGAAGACCCAUAAGGUGCGUGAUAGCAGCGAGAUGGGCAAGGACUAUGGAAUCUUCCAGAUCAAUAGCUUCAAGUGGUGUGAGGACGGCACUGUGGGUGGAAAGAACCUGUGCAAAUUGCCAUGCGGAGCCCUGCUAAACGAUAAUCUCAAGGCCUCAAUCGACUGUUUAAAGCUCAUUGUCAGAAGAGAAGGACUAAAGUCAUGGGACACUUGGGAUAAUUACUGUAAUGGCAGGAAGAUGUCCCGCUGGGUGAGAGGUUGUGGUCUGAUGUAGAAGAUUUUUCCUAAAGUCUUCAGCCUAUGAAAAAACAUGCAGCAUACUGCAGGAUACAACAUAUUCUGAACUUUAAAAAAUGUUACUAUAAUUUUAAAGACAUAAAAGCAUUGCUGAAUUAUAUUAUCACAAUGCGUAAUAUCUUAACUGUUUUAUGAGCUUUUAUCAAUGCCUGUGUACAUUUGCAUUGAUUCUUAUCAAGUGAACUUGUUUGAACUGAGUUUUAAUAAAGCAUUUUCACUUCUUUCA